AGGAAACAAAUGCAUUUCCUCUCAGCUUCUUGUAAAACAUCAAUCUGGGGACAGCCUCUGAGAGGAGAAAAAAACGAAAUGAGGGGAUUUCCUGAGAAGCCUGCAGUGUGAUAGUUGCCUCGCCACACUGCUUGAAAUCGUAAUCAGGAAAUUCCAACCUGGGGUCAUUGCAGCCACCGGCACUCCAGACUGCUUCGAGACGAGCAGAAGGUCCCUGCUCUUCGUUCUGCUCAAAUUUUACAUUCAAUUUGAGAAAUUGCUGCUGUGGCUUGUUUUCUUGUAUAUGUUAGAUGAGAACAGAUUUCACCGUCAUCAUCAAGCAUGGAUUUUUACGUUACCCACUAUCUUCUUCUUAUCGUCAUGAUUUUGGUCAGAGACGCUGCCACCUCGACCCUGAAUGUCACUGUGCCACCUCUGGUGGAAGCUAAGCUGGGCGGUGACAUCAAAAUCCCAUGCGAUUGGAGACUCGCAGAUGGUGAACACCUGGACCAGUCUAAAAUCACCUUGGUGUGGUUUUGCGUGAAAGACCAAAAACCUAUAACCAGAUUAUAUUACAGGCAAGGCCACAUCAAAUUUUUUGAAAAUCGCCAUAUUUUAUCUUUUGAUGUUGACAAAGAUUUCACCCUCAUCAUCAAGAGUGCGAGGUUUGACGAUGAAAUGAAGUUCAUCUGCCAGGUCAGUUCUGGCAAUUUUGGAAUAUCGGAAGCCACUGCAGAGGUCAAAGUGUUUGUCGAACCGGAAUUCGAACACGAAGUGUCGGACCAAGUCGUUGACCUGACGCGGUUCGAGGCCAACGGCAGCGUGGAGAUUGGGACAUGCGUUUUAAAGAAUGGCCACCCCAAGCCAUCAUCGGUGACCUGGUACAAGAGUGAAAUCCCCAUUCUACAAGAUAAUGUCACUGAAACCGUAACCGAGGAUUCUGGCAAGUGGACCGUGCGAUCUACCUUGAGAUAUAAACCAAGAAUACACGAUCAUGGAUCGCAGUUCUUCUGCAAGGCGUCGUACCACAUUCCUGGGGAGUCCAUCUCCAUGGUGUCUUCCAAAGCGACUCUGACUCUGAUGUUUCCUCCAGCGAGUGUGUUCAUAACAGUGGAGCCUCAACACGGGAAUGUUCAGGAGGAUGGAAACGCCACGCUCACAUGCAAUGCCAACGCAAACCCUCCGCCCAGCUACACAUUUUACAAGAUGCCGGAUACAAACAAGCCAAUUACAAAGGGCGUGAAUGGAAAUCAGCUCCACCUGGCUCGCAUCACGAGGUCACAGAGUGGCAAAUACAGAUGCCAGGUGACAUGGCAAGAUAGGACCAUGACCAACCUGAAACCAGGCAUUGCAUCCAUCACUGUGUCCUACCAGCCAGUGGUCACUUUGAAAAAUGAAUCCACCGUUAUGAACGGUUGGAUGCGUUUCUCUUGCACGGCCGUGGGACAUCCCAGGCCUACCAUCGAGUGGAAUCCCUCCAAAGCAACGACAACGGCUAAAGUGCUCAAUGAAACGACGGUCAUGGAUACAAUAGUGAUUUCGGAAUCAGCAGAGAGCGCAGGAGUCACUGCUUGCAUAGCGAGGAACUCCAUUGGGACAGCAAAAGGCCUUAUCUUCCAAAAACCAUCAGUGGAUCGUUUGUCUUGGCUGAAAGAUAUGUGGAAAGAAGCAUCGGCUAUUGCUGGGGGAGCACUCAUUUUUUUGGUGGCUUCAGUCAUAAUCGCCGUCGUCUGCUGCAAAAAAUGCUCUCGGAAAAGAAGCUCAGAAGUUGCUUCAACAAUGCGCGAAGUGAAACCCGAAAGCAGCAACGGGAAGGAGGCUGCGGGUAACGGCGUUGCGGUGAACAUCCCUCAAGACCACACGCACUAAAGAGCGGCAAGCGGCAUCAUUGGGCCGUCGGUGACUCGGUCGUCGUUACAAUUCAGGGGCGUACGUUUCUGUGGAAUAAUUAAUCGUGAUUAAUGCGCAUUGCGACGCCUAAACUAGGCCGCGUGGGUGAUCUAGUACUUAUACACAAACAACAAUCGAUGGCCAACACGCUUGAUUCCACGCGUGCUUCAUGGCCGUAAGGGUCGAUUUCAAUCGGCGAUUCGAUGCGUCGUUAUACACCCCAUGCAAAGCAUCGUCGUGGUGAGGAAA